CGGCCAAUAAACUAGACAGUUUUUAGGUGGUUUUUAGACAGUUAACACGUUGUCAACUGGCAGUUUUUAAGCAGACUGUAAACUGGCAGUUAAUGAGCAGUUAAUUGCCCGUUUUUUUUCUCCUGGGAUGAUGCAAUGUAGCAUCUUAUAUAAUCAUAUCUGACUUGGUUGCCUAUAUAAGCGGAUCUUCUUACAUAGCAGGGCUAUUUUGUUUUAUGCGAACACUUGAUGAAAAAGAACAACUUUUUUCUGAAUUUUGGUUACUUUUAUUUUAUUAUUCUGUUGAUAUUCGUAGAAUUUUAAAUAGUUAUGCUGUUUAGCAUGUGGGCCGAUUGAAUGGUCCCGAACGCUAAUAUGAGUGGUUUGAUUGAGCAUCAGUUCGAUUUCUUAUUACUUGGCGGCUACCUCACGUUUCCCAUCUAAAAAAUGAACCAGGGCGGCGCGUUUACUGUUUUUACAUUUUCCAUACUCAUAAGUACUGCAUCUACCAAAUUAUGACCUGAUUGUAGUAGUUUUAGCUUAAAUUUAUUUAUUUGUUCACCAAUUUUAUCGAUCUCAACUUGUGUUCCUCAGUGAUGGAUGCAUUUUUAUCGUAGUAGUUUUGGUCUCCGGGUCAGAUAAAAUAACCUAUCGUUUGUUGCAGUUUUUGUUUUCUUCUUUAACAGCAUUUCUUUUGUUUUGUGUGAUUUAAUCGCUAAAAUGGACGGAGACUACUACGACUAAUGGUGUCAAAUAUGAAACAAAGCCGUUUUGCUUUUGUUUCAACAGAUGUUAUUGCUCAAUUAUUUUAUUAUUGAUGUCAUAUAAAAUCGAAUAUAGUAGAUGUGUAUCUGUUCUAACAGAGUAACUUAAAACUAUGACAACCAAGGAAGCUUUAGAAACAGAAUGUCAAACCAAUUCCUUAGUACCAUAUAUGAAGGGUGGUCUAUACAUGAUUUUAAUUUAUAUCGUUGGGAGAUAGAAAAAGGAAUGCAUCGUUCUCAGUUUAUUCUUAACAUAGUAAACUCCUAUAUUUUCUAUGAUGCAAGCAUUUCUAAGGGUCGAGCGAUUUAAUUCUCUAAAAAAAAUUUUAUUUGCUAGAGCUGGGUUUCUAGAAGCCGCUCUUCAUGGUAAAAAUCGUAAAUACAGUUUUUCAUUGUUGAGAAAAGUAGAAAGUUUGAUCGAAGGGCACCAAUAUGAUACCUAUGCAAAGUCUCAACAAUACAGUUAGAUCAACUUCUUUAGUUGUUUUCCUGAUGGAUGUUCUCGAAUAAAGAUAUUUGACCCUAAUGGUACACUACAGUCUUGUUUGAAAGUCAGUUGAUGGAGAAACAUUUUUAGUGACCAUUACUUUUUGAACCAUUUUUGAAGUUUUUUACUUUCUUCUUAGAUUUAUAUCCUACCGCAAGUACACUUACAGAUGCACAAUGAUCUGCUCUACUAAACGGUGAAAAGCGUUUUCCUGAAAUUUGGAAGAUUAUUGACACAAAAUUUUUUUAUUGGAUAGGUAUCACAUCGGUACCCAUUGAUCAAACUUUCUACUUUUCUCAACAACCAUACAGCAGCAAACUGUAGAAACUAUCCAGGCAUAUGCAUCUUGUAAUUCUCUACUUGGUCCUAUCACAACAGAUCAAAACGAAGAGAUUUCUGAAAACCAGCGGUUUCCUUUGCCACACAAUUGUCUCUCGAUUGAAAUCCAGUUCACUGGUGCUAGUGUCCGUUAAACGAAAAAAGACAUGUGACUAUUUUUUUCAUAUCUCGAGAACGAAAUGUGGCAUAGAGUCUGUGCUUUUCCCAUUCAAAAAAAGUGACUUUGAAGGACAUUUUUUACAACAGAUAUUAAUAGUUUUUUCAAUGUAGGUUUUUGAGAAUAUCUUUGGAAAACUCAUAGAUCAAAAAGUUCAAUUCGAAUACUUCAUUUUUUCUACAUAAGGGAUAACCAAAGUGUCCUCUUCAAAAUGUAAGUCAAGCGAGUUCUUAAUUUUCAGUUAUUCAAACAUUGUAUCAAAUUUCCAGGACUAGUAUUCUGAUGUUUUUUGAGUGCACAGUGAAGAAAAAACCUAAUCUCUAAGUACUCCUUAAAAAGCUACUUUAAAAAACUAUUUUCGAAUUAAUAUUUGUUGUAAAAGCGUCCUCCAAAGACUCUUCUUUUGCAUGUUGAAAACACAGACUCUCUACCAUAUUUCGUUCUCGAGAUAUUCAAAAAAUAGUCACGUGCCUUAUUUUUUCCAACAAACAAGAGUGCAUACCUCAAUAUAUUAAAACACACUUUUACUGCAUGUUCCUUCGAUGCAUAAUGGCUCUUUUCUCACUUGACCGGAUCAACAAGUAUUUUUCUUCAAUUAUACGCUGUCGUUAUCUACGACGAGUAUGACAAUACGAAAGAAACUUUGAACAUUGAAAAAAAAGGUGGGCUGAGAAAUAGUUUUAUUUAAUACAUAGUCCGCGUGGACGGACAAUAUUCAGACUGCUUUUCAUCAACAUAGUAUAAAUAGGCUGAAUUGAAUAACACACUCAUCAAUGUGAAAUACUUCUAUCAAAACUGUCACUCACUACACUACAUAUUAGAAAAGUAAGUACAUAUUCCUUUAAGUAUAAUAAAAAUGUUCAUAUCCUAACGACAUAACUUCUCUCUUUCUUGUUUGGACAGAAGAUUCUGAAAAACAUAGACAAAUUUUUGGAAAUGAUCGCUUGCUUGCCAUUUUAGUUCAUCAUGUUUGGUUUAACUCAAUUUGUAGUUUUGGUCUCAUUAGUUCUACUUGUUAAUAAAAGUGUUUUUACACUACCAUCUGAAUCAUCUGAAACUAGCAUAUUUCAACAAUCGUCACAAUACUCUGAACACAGCACGAGUACUAAAUCAGUUAGCAUUGGUCAAGAUGUUGUUGUACCAUGUAAAUUCAAUCAAAAAUCAGACAAAGAAAGUUUCUCAUGGAUAAAAGAUGGGCAAGCAUUUCCUGUUACGGAUAAACAGCCAAAAUAUGAAAUCGUAACUGAAGGAGGAAAUUAUAAUUUAUUGAUUAAGAACGCCACGGAACAGGAUUCUGGUACAUAUGUUUGUCAAAAUACGGACAAAUCAUUAACAAUGACAACAAUUUUGGAGGUUACAAAAUCAUCGUCAUUUGAAUUAAAACCAGAUAUUUUUUCCACUUCAUUUUUCAAUGAUAAGAAACCAUCAGUUAACACAUUAAAUGUGACAAUUAGUUGA